AUGAAGUAUUGUUUAAUUUUAGUUUCAAGUACAAUAUCAGAACUGAUUGGGUCGAUUGACAAUGAAGGAUGCGGUAGCGACGUCCUAGAUUCAAUACCAGAGCGAGACUGGCGCCUGUUAGUGGCUUUAGCUCGCAAGAGGGAAGAAAAUGAAGAAAGGGAGAGGCUUGCAGAUCAGUUCCGAAGGAUGUGGUUAAAGGAAAAACAAGAAAGAGAAAUGAUCGAAGCAGAAACCUCGGAGCAAUUCAAGCAGUACCUGCAAGACAAGCGAGCUCGGGAGCGAUCAUGCUUCGAGUCCAAGCAGUUUCAGAAUGCCCUGGAACAACAUCUGAAGAAAAAAGAACUGUUGGACUGUAUCCAAUAUAAGGAACGACGCUGCGCGGACUUACUGGCUUUACAUGAUGAUAAAAAGACGAAUGAGCUAAUUGGUAAAGCUUUGGACGAAGAAUCUCGCGCUUACCUGGCAGCUGACCGUCGCAUUAGACAAACCAUGGCCGACGAACUACGUCGUCGGAUGCAACUAGUCUACGCUCAGAGAAAGGAAGAAGACGCAAGUAAACGAAGAAAUGCUAUACUGAGAGAUGCUUCACAGCGGGCAGCAAUAUCAAACGCUUUGAGCACGUGGGAGUCAGCAUUGCUGCGACAAGAGCUCGCAGCCGAGGAAGCUACAAAACGUGCCCGUACGAUGGCUCGCUUGGUGGUACAAAACAGGCGUUCGUAG